UCUCUCUCAAAAUACAUCCAUUUUUUAAGGUUCUUUUCAAUUCUCUCUCUACAACUUACCACCUUUCUCUCUCACACACAACACUUAAAACACACACAAUAUAACACAUGGGCACUUUGGUGGGACAUGUUGCACCAGGAUUUGGUUUUCUUGUAAUUGGUCUAUGGCACCUUCUUAACCAUAUUAAACUUCAUGUUCAAAAUCCCAAAACCUACCAUUCUUUACCAUGGUUUCCCUCCACAAAAAUAAGGUAUUUGGAACUUUUCUUGAUUAUGGUUGGUUGCACCAUGUCCAUAGCCAUGGAGCUAGUCAUCGGGCCGGAUCGCCACCAACCCUUUGACACGGAUGGCACUAUUCCAUCCAAUCAUCUACACAACUUUGAGCACUCAUUCAUUUCCUUGACAUUUUUUGUCUACGCCGCUUUCGCGAUAAUACUAGACAAGUUUAUACCCAAAGCCCAAUAUGAAUUGACUCAAUUACUUGCAAGUAUCGCGUUCGGGCAACAGCUUCUCCUCUUCCACCUUCACUCGGCGGAUCACAUGGGCGUCGAAGGGCAAUAUCAUAUGCUUCUACAAAUACUCAUUCUUGUUUCUCUCAUCACUACACUUAUGGGCAUUGGUUAUAAGAAAAACUUUGUAGUUAGCUUCAUAAGGUCCAUUAGCAUAUUCUUUCAAGGUCUUUGGCUCAUGGUCAUGGGUUUCAUGCUUUGGACACCAAGCUUGAUUCCUAAAGGUUGCUUCUUGAACUUGGAAGAAGGUCACCAUGUAGUUCGAUGUCACGGGGAUGAAGCCUUAGAACGUGCUAAAUCGUUAGUGAAUAUUCAAUUUAGUUGGUAUUUAAUAUGUGUGACAAUUUUCGCGAUGUCAUUAUAUUUAGCUAUGCAUAAAAUGAACGAAGGAAGAAUUGAGUACCAAUCGCUAACAAAGUACGAUCAAUAUCAAGAACAAUUGGAUGAAGACAUUGAGGCUCAAAAGAAAACAAUAAAACUCGACGAAUCAAAAAGCUUUCUUUCAAUGGAGAAAUCUUUCGCCCCCGUCGACAUGGAAAGGUAAAGCGACUUCAAGUCAUGUAAAGCUCAUAAUCGACGAGUUUUAGGUGAUUUGGUGUGUCGAUUUAGUCUAUUUUUCGUAAAGUAAGAACAAGAUAAAAAUGGUGUGGUUAAAUUGUUUGGAUUGCUUGAUUGUUUUAUUAGUUUUAGGGGUGGUUCUUGUUUUCUUUAUUUUCAAGUUGUCGUUCAAGAAUGUAACGGUUACCAAUUUGUAAAGGGUUAUGUUAUGAUAUGAAAGUUUAAGUUAAAUAUUUA